ACGGAAUGAUGAUUAAUUAAAAUAAUUCAAUACUGCUGGUUUUUUUCUAGAAAGUUUGAAUAUGACUGAUGAUAAAACAUAUUUAAUAAUGCAGUUUUAUUAUGUUAUCUAAACCAAACCCACUUCUUAUUGACAAUAUUCCAUUCAUAUUAUUCACAUGAUUAGACCCGGGAGUACUGAUUUGAUCCUCAUCACUGACAUGCUGCUAAGAGUCAAUGUUUCAUUCACAAACAAUGCGAAGUUUGUAGUACAUAUCAAGGUUUUCGCUGAGUUAUUGAUCAUUGCUAGGUUGUUAAAUUAGUUAGACGUCUUUCUUGAUAUGAGAUGCUCAUGUUCUACUGAUUUUCAUCGCUAUUCUUUUUUUUUGGAAUAACGUCAGAAGUGAUGAAAUAGCUGUGAUCUGGACCACGAUAAUCUUUACCUAAUACCCUUACAUACAAGGGUUAAGUCAAAAGAUGUUUUGAAAAGAUCUAUCUGCCCACAAUUAAUUAUUGUGUUACGAAACAAUGGUCAAAACUCCACAUUUUAAUGCAUAUAGUUUAUGUUAUGUUUAAGUUUGACAGCUGCAUUAUGCUGUUCACACCAAUCAGUUUACACUUGCAGUUUGUUAUCCUGCAUUUCACAAACUGACCAAGUCUUUCACGUUCGGCCUAGCUGAAUUGUGAGAAUUAAUAUUUUUUUGUGUAUCUGAGAAAAUAUUAAUUAAUGUCCAAAUAUCAAAGUUCAGCAAAGAUAAGCGAUGUUCUUGAUAUUAAGUACAAGAGGCUUAAGACAAAAAAUGCAUAUCUAAAGAAGAUUUAUGAGGUUUGCAUAUGAGAAUAGCAUUAAUAUUCUCUGAAGAACUGUCUCACCAACUCCAUGUGCUUUAAAAGGUCUACACAGAUUUCUAUGAUGCUUUUACGUAUAUAUUCAUGCAAAGAUCUUGGUAGUUCUUCUGGAUCACAACAUGUGACUUGCUUUUCAUGCAAAAAAGCUUUCCUAAAUUUUUGUCUUUGCUCCAACAACUAUCUCAUUAAUUAAAAGCAACAUUAAUGUUAAUUAUCGUCUUCUUCGUGAUAGGCCUGUGAAGGAAACAAUGAACAAGACCAGCCCUGUUAAAUUCUGAGGUCAGUUGAUGCUUCUGCCCAAUUUUUUUGUUCACCAAUGUCAGUACUCAUUAAAAGUUUUGAUUCAGUUCAUGAAGCAAAAUGUGAUUGCUUCAUAAAUGGUAAUCAGUUUUAACAUGAUUUCCGUUAUUUUUUUUUUGAAAGAAACAUGAAGCAAAAUGUGAUUGCUUCAUAAAGAGGGUUUGUUUCGUAAAUAUCUAGUUUUGAUUGGUUUUGAGCAAUAUAUGUUAAUUGAUGCAUCUAAAUUAAUUCGAUGUGGAGCUCUAACUAUAAUAGCAUUAUAAUGCCAUUGUCUCCAUCUCCAUCUUUCACUGUCUUUAAUUAGCUGUAAAACUGAUGUCAUCAAUGAAAGGAUCGCAGCCACCUAAAAUUUACAUGUAGUGGUUGAUGCCUAAGAAAGUUACGCUUAAGGCCCACUCAUUUUGGUUCAUAUAAUACUUAAGAAUGACUUCACGUUUAUAAUUUAGCAUUGCAUUUUUUCUUCAAGUUACAUAUGUCCCAUGUUCUUGCAGGUUUCUUUCUUGUGAUGUACUUUUUAGCAGAUUUACCCUUUGAGGAAAGUGCAAUGCUAGAUGAUUUUGAAUAGUGGGUUCUUGUCUGUAUUUAUUUUUUUGGUUUCAAUUAUUAGGUAUUUAUUAGUCUUUAGAACAAUUGCUAACAAAACCAAAUGUUGAAGAAAGAAAUUCUUCAACCAUUAGUAGAUUAAUUAGUUGUGUGAUCAAAAUCACAAAACGAGUCUUCUGACCCCACAUCUGGACCUGAUUUCUAACAAAGCUGCUCCCAUGAGAACAGUAGAAAAAGAAGUUUAACUUGAUGUCUGAAUAUACUCAUGACUUCAAAGCUUGUUCUUGAAGUAAGACUAUACGCGCGAGUACAUUGGUCUCAUUUUUUUACUCAUUGCAUUCUCUUUCAGGACCAUGUUAGUUUUCUCAUAAUUGUGUAAGUACCAGUUUCAAAUAUCACUGCAUAUAUAAGAAUCCACAAAGUUGGAUAGUGUCAUCCUGGAUCUCAUGAAAUAAAAAAUUGGGUACAAAUGUGUAUAUGACUAAUAUAUAGUCUUCAGCUCGAUAUGCAUCCUCUUCAGAGAUACAGAAAAUAGGGAAUAAGUGAACUUUCUUUAUAUCAAACUUGGCUUUGAAAGUCAUAGUUUAGAUGUGUUGGUUAGGAACAUAUGAGAAGAAGCAAAUCAGUUUUCAUCUGACAUUGACAACCAUUUUAUUUUAUAUAUUUGAUGAAAAGAAUGGUUUAAAGUGAACCUUAAAAUCAAUUAUUUUAGUAUGAACCUAUCAGUGCCUUCCUUAUUUCUUUAAUAUUUACUGUACCUGCUUCCUCCAGUGAGAUUGUGGUGUGGUCCACUCUAUGAGAAACCCUAGACUGACAAGCAACUCAAAUGUCUCUCUCUCUAGUCUCUCUAGAAAAUAUUCAAGGUUUCUCCGCUGCUUAACCAUACUUUUUGAACUUGUAGGAUUUUUUUUCUUAUAAUGAUGAAAUUUACUGGCUUAUCACAGGUCUAUCUUGCUAGGGUUAGAUGGAAAUAGAGAAUUCUACAUUUUAGACACUUCUAGUGCGUGAAUUUACACAUUAUCACCUACAUCAUGCUGCCUUGCAGUUGCAGAGUUACUGCAGGUUUCGUCCAUUAUAUGAUGAAAUUAACCUUAUGUCUUUUCAUACUCCGCAUAAUGUAAACACAUAUUUUUUCGCAAAUCACUUUAUGAUAUAUAUCAUAUGUUAUAUAGAGGACAACUGAACAGAUGAUAUACACAAUGGAAACCUUGACAAUUUGAUAAACCUAUUGGGGAAUACAUACUUAGUUCGUAGAUGCAGUGAAGUUAUAACAGACUUGAUACCUUAAUAUUGUGAAAACGUUUCCUUAUUCAAUAUUCAUGUAUAGAUCUUAGAAUUUGUUUCUUGAGGACAAGUUAGUUUCUUCUUUCUGGGUCAAAAGAGGACAAUUUAUCUUUCAUUUUGAAAAAAUGGGGAAAAACCUAUCAACUACUUUAUGGAGAAGACACAGAAGAAAAAGACAAGAAAUGCCAUUUGGUCCAAUGCAGAGGCAGUGGGAGAAAAAGUCUUGUAGGUUUCAAAGAUGGUGGAGAUUUAGAUCAUUUCUGCACCAACCUCUCCUCUAACAAGCUCCUUCUAAUUUUCAACAAAAAAUGUGUCAACAUCAAGCCUGUCAACAUUAUCAAUCAACAGUAACGUCUCUUCUCACAGAUACAUAACUUCUCAUCGAUCAUAUAUACUGAUAUGAUCAAUGCUGCUCCAGUUUCCAGUAUUUUGAGACUCUUAAGACUUAUAGUAAGUUUCUCUGCAUCACUUAUCUCACUAUCAGAGACAAAUCUCUCUUUGCUAAUGGGUCAUGGCUUGAUACGAAGAAAAUACAACUAUAUAUAUAACACCAAAUACAUAAGUGUCAUGAGGAAUUAGAAACUUAUCUUUGCGUGCCAAAGGAGGUGUCUCUUCAGCCAUACUUGAGGUGACAUCUGUCGUUAGUGCUGACUUCUUUUUGUAACUUUUAUUUGUUUGUCAGGCUAUGAUUAAAUAAUGAUUUGAAUAGUUUAUAGCUCCCUUGUUCUACUCCACCUAUAUACCCAAGCAAUGCGACUGCAUGCCAAUAUGCCUCAUGUUAUUAUGUCUGCAUGUACUAUUCACGAUAUAUAUUAAUUCGUGAAACACAUGACUCUAGACUAAAGAUCUCAAGAUCUUGAAUAGUGUCCCAGAAGAAGAUUGCUUGUACUAUAAGUUGUUAUACGGUACGUAUACCGAAAGAAUAAAGAAGAGACAAUGUAGUGUAAAGGGUGAUAGCGACAUGGGUUGUUUUUGUAUGCGAAUAAGAAAGAAGCACGUGGUGAGUGAGAGAGAGGGAAGCUCAGCUAUAUAUAAAUAGAAAUAUAAGAAGCAGUUAGUGGUUGUGAAGAAAGGAGGCAAUCGACCAAAUCUUUUUGACAGUUAAGAGAGAAGGUAAACAAGAAGAGGAGGAGAGACCGUUGUUAGAUACAGAUCGUUCAUCAAACAUGGGAAGAUCUCCUCUCUCAGCUGAUGAAACCGGUACUCUGAAGAAAGGUCCAUGGUUGCCUGAGGAAGAUGAUAAACUCAUCAGUUAUAUCCACAAACAUGGCCAUAGAAGCUGGAGUGCUCUUCCCAAACUCGCUGGUCUUAACAGGUGUGGGAAGAGUUGUAGGCUACGAUGGACAAACUAUUUGAGACCUGACAUUAAGCGAGGCAAAUUCUCACAAGAGGAAGAAGAGACCAUCUUGAACCUUCAUGCGGUUCUUGGAAACAAGUGGUCAAUGAUUGCAAGCCACUUACAAGGAAGAACAGAUAACGAGAUCAAGAAUUUCUGGAACACUCAUUUGAAGAAGAAGCUGAUUCAGAUGGGCUUUGAUCCCAUGACUCAUCGUCCAAGAACGGAUGAUAUCUUCUCUAGCUUAUCUCAGCUCAUGUCUCUCUCCAACCUUAGAGGACUUGUUGAUCUCCAGCAACAGGUUCCAUUUGAAGAUCAACAAGCUUUACUGAAUCUCCAAGGUGAGAUGGCUAAGCUCCAGUUGCUAAACUACUUACUUCAAGCUCCUCCUCUUGCCAUGAGUAGUAGUAACAACAUUAACCCUAAUGAGUUGAACAUUCUCAAUCUCCUCACCAAAGAAAACUACAAUACCAAUAAUCUUGACCUCACUUCUUGUCUUCAAGACUUCAACAACAACCUCCCAUCUCUCAAAACCCUAGAGGAAAAUCAUUUCAGUCAAAACAAUUCUCCAAUAUGGUCGCAUGAACCACCUAGCUUGAACCAAACUAUGUUGCCUUCUCAUGAUCCUUCCCCUUUGGGUGAUGAUUUGGUUCUGAACCAGGCUUCCUCAAGCCAUGAGCAAGAGGUAGCAGCUACAGGCUCUGUAGAUUGGCCUGAUCAUCUCUUUGAUGACUCCAUGUUUACUUAUCAAUCUUGACGUAUGUUUGUAUAUGUUUCAAGAAAACAUGAUUGUUUAAUGUUUAUUUGCAUGUGGAGGUUCUACAUCUGUACGUUACUUCAUGAUGUGUGCUAAUGUCUUAGAAUGUACAUGUUGUCUUGUUGUAUUAUAUAACUCAUACAUGUUGUUUAUAUUCUUCAUACGAACAUUCUAUAUGUAAACUUCACUGAUGUUUUAAAAAAUCAAUCUUCAUCUA